UCCCUCUCUUCCUCUCUUUCUCCCCGCCCUCUUUCCUCCCCGCAAAACCCUAACCCUAAAUCCCAUCCAAAAAAUUCCAACGCUUCCCGCCUCUCUGUCACAAGGAAAGGAAGGAGGACGAGAAGAGGGUGUUAUUAGGGAAAGAUGUACCUGUACAGUUUGACGCUGCAGCGACCGGGCGGCGUGGUUUGCGCCACGAACGGCAACUUCGUGGGAGGGAAGACCCAGGAGAUCGUGGUGGCUCGAGGCAAGACGCUGGACCUGCUCCGCCCCGAUGAGUCCGGCAAGCUGCAGACUCUCCUCUCCGUCGAGGUCUUCGGCGCGAUCCGCUCCCUCGCCCAGUUCCGUCUCACGGGCUCCCAGAAGGACUACGUCGUCGUCGGCUCCGACUCCGGCCGCCUCGUCAUCCUAGAGUACUCCCGCGAGCGCAACGUCUUCCACAAGGUCCACCAGGAGACCUUCGGAAAGUCCGGCUGCCGCCGCAUCGUCCCCGGCCAGUUUCUCGCAGUUGAUCCCAAGGGCCGCGCCGCCAUGGUUGCCGCCUGCGAGAAGCAGAAGCUUGUCUAUGUCCUCAACCGUGACGCUGCCGCCCGCCUCACCAUCUCCUCCCCCCUGGAGGCCCACAAGUCACACACCAUCACCUACUCAGUCACCGGCGUCGACUGUGGCUUUGAUAACCCCGUCUUCGCCGCCAUUGAGCUGGACUACUCCGAGGCAGAUAUCGACCCUACGGGCCAGGCCGCUGCUGAUGCCCAGAAGCACCUCACGUUCUACGAGCUUGACCUGGGGCUCAACCACGUCUCCCGCAAGUGGUCUGAGCCAGUCGACAAUGGCGCCAACCUCCUCGUCACUGUCCCUGGAGGUGGCGACGGCCCCAGCGGCGUCCUCGUCUGUGCCGAGAACUUUGUCAUAUACAAGAACCAGGGCCACCCUGAUGUUCGUGCCGUCAUCCCCCGCCGUGCCGACCUUCCAGCAGAGCGUGGUGUCCUUGUUGUCUCCGCCGCCACCCACCGCCAAAAGUCCAUGUUCUUCUUCCUCCUGCAGACCGAGUAUGGGGACAUCUUUAGGGUCACCCUGGAACAUGAAGGCGACCGCGUCACCGAGCUCAAGAUCAAGUACUUCGACACCAUCCCCGUCACCUCCUCCAUGAGCGUCCUCAAGACCGGCUUCCUCUUUGCCGCUUCUGAGUUUGGCAACCAUGCAUUGUACCAGUUCCAGGCCAUUGGGGAGGCGGAGGACGUUGAGGCCUCCUCUGCCACUCUGAUGGAAACUGAAGAGGGAUUCCAACCGGUGUUCUUCCAGCCCCGAGGCUUAAAGAAUCUGGUGAGGAUUGACCAGGUUGAAAGCCUUAUGCCCAUCAUGGAUAUGAGGGUCAUGAAUCUCUUUGAGGAGGAGACCCCUCAGGUGUUUACCCUCUGUGGCAGGGGGCCCCGAUCCUCGCUGCGGAUCCUGAGGCCAGGGUUGGCUAUCAAUGAGAUGGCCGUGUCACAGCUCCCGGGUACUCCCAGUGCCGUGUGGACAGUGAAGAAAAAUGUGAAUGAUGAGUUUGAUGCUUACAUUGUGGUGUCCUUCGUGAAUGCCACGCUUGUGCUCUCCAUUGGUGAAACCAUCGAAGAAGUCAGUGACAGCGGGUUUCUUGACACCACGCCUUCGCUCUCAGUAUCUUUGUUGGGAGAUGAUUCCCUGAUGCAGGUCCAUCCCAAUGGAAUUAGGCAUAUAAGAGAGGAUGGGCGUAUUAACGAGUGGAAGACACCUGGGAAGAAGACCAUUGUGAAGGUUGGGUUGAAUAGGCUUCAGGUGGUGAUUGCUCUGAGCGGAGGAGAGCUUAUUUAUUUUGAGAUGGACAUGACCGGCCAGUUGAUGGAGGUGGAGAAGCAUGAGAUGCCUGGGGAUGUGGCUUGCUUGGAUAUUGCACCAGUUCCAGAGGGGAGACACAGAUCCCGCUUCCUUGCAGUUGGUUCUUAUGAUAACACAAUUCGGAUUCUGUCAUUGGAUCCUGAUGACUGCAUGCAGAUCUUAAGCGUUCAGAGUGUGUCCUCACCACCUGAAUCCCUCCUAUUGCUUGAGGUACAGGCUUCGACUGGAGGAGAGGAUGGAGCAGAUCAUCCAGCUAGUGUCUUUCUCAAUGCUGGCUUGCAGAACGGUGUUCUUUUCCGGACAGUUGUUGAUAUGGUAACUGGUCAGCUCUCUGAUACUCGAUCCCGGUUCUUAGGAUUGAGAGCUCCCAAGCUCUUCUCAGCUACUGUGAGGGGUCGGCAGGCGAUGCUUUGCUUGUCAAGUAGGCCCUGGCUUGGCUAUAUACAUCAGGGACAUUUCUUGCUGACUCCUCUUUCAUACGAAACACUUGAAUAUGCUGCAUCGUUUUCUUCCGACCAGUGUGCUGAAGGUGUUGUCGCAGUCGCUGGUGAAGCUCUGAGAAUUUUCACAAUUGAGCGGCUAGGGGAGACAUUCAAUGAGACAGUUGUACCUUUGCGGUAUACUCCAAGGAAAUUCGUGCUGCAGCCCAGGUGCAAACAUUUAGUCAUUAUUGAGAGUGAUCAAGGAGCAUUCACUGCAGAGGAAAGAGAAGCUGCUAGAAAGGAAUGCUUGGAAGCUGCAAAGAUGGGUGAAAAUGGAAAUGCUAACAAUAGGCAGCAGAUGGAAAAUGGUGGUGGGGCUGGUGAUGAUGAUGAGGAUGAUGCUCUCUCUGACGAGCAAUAUGGUUACCCAAAGGCAGAGUCCGAUAAGUGGGUAUCUUGCAUCAGAGUUCUUGAUCCAAGAACAGGCAACACAACUUGUCUGUUGGAGCUUCAAGAGAAUGAGGCCGCAUUCAGCCUUUGCACGGUGAACUUCCAUGAUAAGGAGUAUGGAACUCUCCUCGCUGUCGGAACUGCAAAGGGAUUACAGUUCUGGCCUAAGAGAAGUCUUGCUGCUGGGUUCAUUCACAUAUAUAGGUUUGUUGAAGAAGGAAAGUCUCUUGAGCUUGUUCACAAGACACAAGUAGAGGGAGUUCCACUCACACUGUGCCAGUAUCAGGGGAGGUUGCUUGCAGGUAUUGGCUCGGUGCUCAGGUUGUAUGACCUGGGCAAAAGGAGAUUACUCAGGAAAUGUGAAAACAAGCUCUUUCCUAAUACCAUUGUUUCCAUGCACACAUAUCGUGAUAGGAUUUAUGUGGGUGAUAUCCAAGAGUCAUUUCAUUAUUGCAAGUACAGAAGGGAUGAGAAUCAACUGUACAUUUUUGCAGAUGAUUCUGUUCCAAGAUGGCUCACUGCUUCACAUCAUAUAGAUUUUGACACCAUGGCAGGGGCAGAUAAGUUUGGGAAUAUAUACUUUGUCCGACUGCCGCAAGAUCUAUCGGAUGAGAUUGAGGAAGACCCAACAGGGGGUAAAAUAAAGUGGGAGCAAGGGAAGUUAAAUGGAGCUCCCAAUAAAAUGGAGGAGAUAGUACAGUUUCAUGUAGGCGAUGUUGUGACAUGCUUGCAGAAGGCCUCACUGAUACCUGGAGGAGGGGAAUGUGUUAUAUAUGGAACAGUGAUGGGAAGUUUAGGUGCACUACUUCCAUUUACCUCUAGGGAAGAUGUGGACUUCUUCUCUCACUUGGAGAUGCACAUGAGGCAAGAACAUCCACCAUUGUGUGGUCGGGAUCAUAUGGCCUUCAGAUCUGCUUAUUUUCCUGUUAAGGAUGUAAUUGAUGGUGAUCUUUGCGAGCAGUUCCCAACCCUUCCUCCUGAUUUGCAGAGGAAGAUUGCUGAUGAACUUGAUAGAACCCCAGGAGAAAUAUUGAAGAAGCUCGAGGAUGUCAGAAACAAGAUAAUUUGAGGAUUGGAACAAUGGGUUAGGAAGGGUUUUUUCCAGCAAGCUAAAUGUUUGUCAUAUCGUGGUAGUGGCAAUUAUUACUUAAUUGUGGUGUUAAUAAUCAGAGGUAAUUUAGCUGCUAAUGCUGUUGUCAUGUUAGGAGAGCAACCUGCUGCUUUUCCCGUGAUAUUUUUUAGUUGCAUUUUGAAUUUAAAUAGUAUUGACAUGCAAAACUUCUAUCAGUUCAAUUAGCUUCUCAUUAGGGACGCUACAUACUGAUUCACAGUGAAUGCAUAAGAUACUCUUUUUGUUC